AUGUUUAGUGGGAUUGAUGAUGAUCAUAUGAAUAGUGGUCCUCGUGAUAUCGAUGGUGAAGAUCAAACUACUAAUAACAAUAACAAUAACAAUAACAAUGAUAGCGAAGAUUACAGUCAUGCCAAUCAUGAAGAACAUAAUCAUGAUCAUACCAAUUUAAAUCAUUCAUCAAACAACAAGAAACAGAAUAACAAUUUGGGUGCAGGUGCUGGUGAUGAUACUAAAAUGAAAUCAUCUAUUAUGAAAAUAUUAGUAGCAACAGAUAAUCAUCUUGGAUACUUGGAGCGUGAUCCGAUUAGAGGUGACGAUUCAUUCAAUACCUUUGAAGAGAUUCUACAGUAUGCACAUUCACUCAAAGUCGAUAUGAUAUUACUGGGUGGUGAUCUCUUCCACGACAACAAACCAUCGAGAUCUUGUCUCUACAGGACUAUCGAACUCUUUAGAAAAUACUGUCUAGGUGAUUCACCUGUGAAAAUACAAUUCCUUUCAGAUCAAACUGUUAAUUUUAUGAACAAAUUUCAUACAGUAAACUAUGAAGAUCCAAACUUUAAUAUAUCAUUACCGGUGUUUUCAAUUCAUGGUAAUCACGAUGAUCCAACUGGUGAAGGUGGUUUGGCUGCACUCGAUUUGUUGAGUGUGACGGAUAGCAAGAUCAAUCCGGCACAGCAAACCGAGGUGUUGGAGUAUAUCGAGGGUAAAGUCGAGUCGAUGAUCGCCAAAGCCAAGGAGAAGGCAAAGGGUAAGCCAUCGGAAACGAUGCUUCCCCUGAUUCGUCUGAAGAUAGAUUACACCGGAUACUCAACGAUCAAUCCUCAAAAGUUUGGACAGAAUUUCGCUGGUCGUGUUGCCAAUCCCAACGACAUACUAUUGUUCACAAGAAAGAAGGUUGCAUCCAUACCGAAAUUCAACGCCAAUCCAUAUGAAAACGAGAAGAAAACAGACGAUAAGAUUAGAGUGGAGGAUUUCAUUUCCGAGUUUCUUGGAAACACAGCAUCCGAUCGUCUCUCUGUUUUAUCUGAAGCCGACCUACAUAUAGCGCUACAUAAUUUCGUUGAAAAAGAAGAAAAUGAUUCAAUUUUAAAUCUUGUAAAUUUAUCUUUAAAUAAUGCAACACAAUUUUUGCGUAAAAAUGUAGCACCAAAAGAUGCACAUCCAACAUCGAUUCAUAAAGUAGUGGAAGAGCAUUUACCUUUGAAUGUAUUAGCAACCGAGAAGACAGCAUUACCAUCGACAACAACAACAACAACAACAACUUCAACAAGAGCAGAUAAUAGUAAAGAUAAGAAUGUUAUGAUGGAUGGUGGUGAUGAUAAUAAUAAUAAUAACAAUGAUGAUGAUGAUGAUGUACAUAAAUAUGCAGUUGAUGAAGAUUUCGAUGAAGAUUCACAUAAGGAUGAUCAUCAUGGUAGUGGAGUAAAAGAUGAACCAACCAGUUCAGAGGAUGAACUGUUCAAUGUAAAAGAUACAAAUAUUUUCAAAACACCUGAAACAAAGAAACCGGCAAAAGUUAGCACACCUAAAUCAUCACCUAGAAAACCUAGAGCUUCUCCCAAAUCCACUCCUCCAUCAACACCAUCUUCUUACGACGACAGUGCAAUUGUGCUCUCAUCCGACAGCGACAACGAAGAGGUCACUCCCAAGAAAAGAGGAAAGAAACAAACUACUCCAACGGCAUCAAAGAAAUCGAAAAAAUAA